GGAACUAUUGGAGCUCCUCAUGGGUCUCGAGAACACCAAGCAUUUAGGACUUCCGCUGUAGCGACUCUCUCUCUAUACGGCUCUGACACUAGCUAGCUAACUGACUAUAUUAUAUAAAAGAGAGAGCGAGAAGGAGAGAGAAAGAAGGAGAGAGAAAGUGAGAGAGAAAUUAGGCUAAAUAGCAGAACAUUAACUGGUUAUAAACUGACACACAGCAGAGGAGCUGAGGAGCUCAGUUCCCCAGAACCUGCAGAGCUUCAGACACAGCUGCAGAGAACGGCUUCACUUCAGCUUCAACUGGAUCCAAACUGGACAGAUAAGUGAAUCUAUCUGACUGGCUUUAGUAAAGAGCAGUGGAGCUUCUGUGUUAGACGGAGUUUUACUGUCUAGUAGCCUCUGUGCUAGCUAACGCUAACAGACUAGAUAACGCUAACCGACUAGCUAACGCUAACAGGCUCAAGUAACGUUACGUAGAUACUGCUAAAAUGCAAGCUAACGCUAACCGGCAAGCUAACGCUAAGAAACUAGCUAAUGCUAACCGGCUAGCUAAUGCUAACCGUUUGCUUUAGCUCAGCUCAGCUAACUCAUCUAACCUACAGGAGAGAAACUCCUGUUUAUGAUUUAAACUAUAGAACAGUGUGUGCUGAAGCCAAACGCUCAAUACAGCCAAACAAUUGAACAGUGGGGAAAUCCCAGCUCCCUAACUAGUAAAUAUAGCCUUCGCAUUUAUAUUACAUUAUGUGUUCAUCUCGUAAAUAUAAUAUACUGCAUGUUGUGAAGGCAUUAUUAAUUGGGACUCGAUAAAAUGAAGAAUGUAAGUUUUUAUUAUUUACAAUAAAAUAGUUAGCUAACCUUUAUAACUCCUUCAUUGAUUUCACUGAUUGAGUAAAUUCUGCGGUAAUAAGAAGCUCUAAAUAUCAGUUAAUUGGUUAAUUUACCCACUGUUGUUACCGGAUUCAGCGUUUUACCGGGCCCAUUAUUAGUGUGGGUGUGGUACUGAAUCAGGUGUAAAUGAUAGAUAUUAUUAAAUGUGUUGUAAUGCAGGUGUCAUGUGUGGCCGCUGUAAUGAGUAAAUGGCAAAUUCUGUAGUUAGGAACUUUACUUACAUUACUUGUAUUAUUUAUUAUUAUUACAGAUGACAGCCACACUCCCCUGGAUAUCUUUAAGAUGUACUUUCCAGAGGAUGCUCUGGCAGCCUGCUCAAGGAAUAACCUGGAUAAUUAACGCUGGAAAGAACUACUUUUCCACAGAUCAGAUUCUCUUAUUACUCUGUAAUGUCACUGACAGAGAGAACCAGGAAACAAAAUCUUCACACUGUAAAAUGGCAGAAGCCAAUGUUUCACUGGCUCAGGAUGAGUUCAGCUGUUCAAUUUGCCUGGAUCUCCUGAAGGAUCCAGUUACUAUUAACUGUGGACACAGUUUCUGUAUGGUGUGUAUUAACAAGUGCUGGGAUCAGGAGGAUCAGAAGAAGAUCUAUAGCUGCCCUCACUGCAGACACACCUUCACCUCAAGACCUGUCGUGAGUAAAAACACCAUGCUGGCUGAGGUGGUGGAGAAACUGAAGAAGACGAGACUCCAGGCUGCUCCUCCUGAUCACUCUUCUGCUGAUCCUGAAGAUGUGGAGUGUGAUUCCUGUACUGGGAGAAAACACAAAGCCGUCCAGUCCUGCCUGGUGUGUCUGGCCUCUUUCUGUGAAGCUCACCUACAGCCUCACUACCAAUCUCCAGCCUUUAAGAAGCACAAGCUGGUCAAAGCCUCCAGACGACUCCAGGAGCAGAUCUGCUCUCAGCACGAUAAACUGCUGGAGGUUUACUGUCGCACCGACCAGCAGUGUAUCUGCAUGCUGUGUAUGCUGGAUAACCAUAAAGGACAUGAUACAGUGUCACUUGCAGCAGAAAGAUCUGAGAAACAGAAGCAGGUGGUGGAAACACAGAGGAAAUGCAAGAAGAGAAUCCAGGAGAGAGAGAAGGAGCUUCAGGAGUUAAUAGAAGCUGUGGAGAGUCACAAGCGCUCUGCUCAGACAGCAGUGGAGGACAGUGAGAAGAUCUUCACUGAGAUGAUCCUCUCCAUUGAGAGAAGACGCUCUGAGGUGAGGCAGAUGAUCAGAGAUCAGGAGAAAGCUGCAGUGAGUCGAGCUGAAGAACGUCUGAAGAGACUGGAGCAGGAGAUCACAGAGCUGAAGAGGAGAGAUGCUGAUCUGGAGAAGCUUUCAUUCACAGAGGAUCACAUCCAUUUCCUCCAGAGUUUUCAGACUCUCUCAGCUCCUCCUGGAUCUUCAGCAUCACCUGCUUUUACUCUCAGUCCUCUCAACACUUUUGAAGUUGUUAUAAAGUCUGUUUCUCAGCUGAGAGGAAAACUAGACGAAUUCUGGAAAGAGGAAUUUGAGAAGACAUCAGCUGCAGUGAAGGAAGUGCAGAUCAUUCCUGAACACAAAAGCAGAGAAGAGUUUCUGCAGUAUUCUUGUCAGCUCACACUGGAUCCAAACACAGCUUAUAAAUACCUCCUCCUGUCUGAGAGGAACACAGUGGUGACCUGCAGCACCACAGUCCAGCCAUAUCCUGACCAUCCAGACAGAUUUGAUAGAUGGAUUGAGGUUCUGUGUAGAGAGAGUGUGAGUGGACGCUGCUACUGGGAGGUUGAGUGGAGAGGAGAUGGAGGGGUUGGUAUAGCAGUGUCUUAUAAAAGCAUCUCCAGGAAGGGAGGAGGCGAGGAGUGUGUGUUUGGAUUUAAUGAUCAGUCUUGGAGUUUGUUCUGUGAUUCCUCCAGAUACAAAUUCAGAUACAAUAACAGAGAUACUGUAAUCUCUGGAGUGCCCGUCUCCUCUAGAAUAGGAGUGUAUGUGGAUCACAGGGCAGGAACUCUGUCCUUCUACAGCAUCUCUGAUACCAUAACCCUCAUCCACAGAGUCCAGACCACCUUCACUCAGCCGCUCUACGCUGGGUUUGUGUUAAACCUUCACUCAUCAGUAAAUCUUUUACUUUCAGCAAAAUAGAUGAACAUGCAGAACAAAGAGAAGAGCUGGAUGAGAUCAGAUAAGAACUGCAGAAUCUAGACUGUAGAACUGAUCAAAUAAAGUUAUAAUAGUGCUGGGAGAUAUUGUUAAUAUAAAUAAUCAUAAUUCUGAACGGUAAUUACGUCUGUCCCAGAUUAGAACUGCAGGUACAUUUCCUGUAUGGAAAGAUUUAUUCAGAUUUAGUGUUAAAUAGUUUAAACUGUUUAUAUCAUUAACAGAGCUCACAGUAACAGAGUUCAUAUUUUAAACUUUAUAUUACAGAACUUUAUUCAUUUCUAACACAUUAUCAUUUAUUAUAAACUGAAUGAAAGAUCACAAUAAAAUGUUUACAUUAUUAUACUGUUGUUUUAUCCUCAACAUUUUUAUAUUAAAACAAAGAGAGAGGAAACCUGUGUGUUAAUGCUUUAACUUUAAUUUUACAAUCAAUGUAAUAUCAAAAGGAAAGAACAAAAUAUAUACAACAUAUAGUCAAAAAUAAUAGAAAAUAUACAUUUAACUUACUGUACACUACACACAUUAACUUACACUAUGAAACACAGUUUUACAAUAUUGCACUGUUGAUUGUUGCUUAAAUUUACUAUAUUUAUCAUCGCUGUCACAUAAAAACGUUAUAUCCCUAAAGUAGCAACUUUACAUUUCUAUUUGCCCUUUAAUCAGGAAAUAUUGACACAGUAUGAAGAUAAAGUAUAAACAUAAGAUACAGUAAACAUAAGGUUUUUGUGUUAAAGCAGUUUUAAACUAAUUAAUCUAAUAUAUGUGCUUCUAUGUUGGGUUGAUUUAUUUGAGCAUUUUAUCAUUUAACUCUACACAGUUCUCUGUAUUAAUUUGAUUUUAUUUGUAAUGUACUCAGAUUGUAUUCCUGUAAUCUUGUAAUGUUGUGGGAUAUAUCUUAUUAAU